AUUAGGUUUUAGGUAACUAAUACCACUGUUAACUGAUUCUAGCAUCAAAACUUAGUCCAGAUAAGGUUUUCAGUCUCUCUUGCUCUUUUAAAUUUAGCUUUUCUGACUUAUAACAGCAGCUUCUGGGGGAAAAUGAAUGUCAACUGCAGACCCUGUGUGGUGGCUGUAAUUUGAGCCUGGCUUCACUGGCCCUUUUGUGUAUGUUUCCUUGGACACCAGAGGCAGGAAGUGUUAACUUACACCAAGCACACAAGAAUCACCAUGCAGACUCCAGUCCUCUGUCCAGGGCCAUGAGAGACCUGCUAACCACACGGGAGCAGGAUGGCUGGAGGGAGCUGAUUAGCAAGGAGGCCGCCUGCAGGGUCGGCUGGAAGGCAAAAUAUGGGCAAAAAUACCCACGGCAGCUGCCAAACUAUGGGAUCUCCAGGAGAAAGGGUUUCUUGCCUGCUCUCUGCCUCCCUGAGGCAGGUCUGGGGUCUCCAAAAUGUCCAGAGCAAACGGCGCAAAGGGAGGAAGGACAACAACUGUUAGGGGAGAAGGAAGUAACUAGCCAUCAGGAACCCCUUCCAGAGAUGAGAGUCCCAACUCCUGAGAUAACACAGUUGCUAUAUCAGGGCUUCUCCCAUGAAGGCAAAGGAAGAUCCCACUACCUAAAGGAGAGAAAGAUGAAGAGCCCUGAGGAAAAGUUCUGUUACCCAGUGCUGUCGUCAUGGGAAUAUGGCUGGCGCUUAGGAGAUGUUGUUAAGGACAUCAGGACACCAAUUUAUGGCAAAUCUCGAAUUGUAAAAGAUACCUUCUUCUUCAAAAAUGGAAUUUUCUACCAUCCAUCAAAAACUGACAAGCUGUCAUGAAUUUUAAUAUCUGCUCAAAUGAGGAAAUGUUUCUGCAAUGUUGCCUAGCAUGGAUAUUUGUUGUGGUGUUGGAUGACACAAACUCUGUAAUUACUUUCCACUGUAAUUAUUCUCUCAGCUUUAGAACAUGCCCCUAACUCCUUCCUCCCCUCUUGGUCUCUCUGUGUAAGGUCAAAUAUUUCUUGUGCAAUAGAUUUAAAAUACAUAUCCUUUUGUCAGAAUGAGCUUUUGAGUUCUAUAUCUUGGAGGUGUGCACAACCUUGCAAACAUUCUGGGCCAAUUCUUGUGAUAUGGGGCCAAUUCACAUAACUGUUGUUCUGGUCAGUGCUUUUUCAUUUGACCUCAUGUGACUUCCUGAAAUGUGAUGACUACUUGAAGCUAGAAAGCAAAUCAGGUAUACAGCAGAUCAUGAGCCUACCACCAGCAGGAAGGAAAAACAGAGUUCCCACCACAUGUAUGCUAAUCAGGCGCAAAUCCAGCUGAUGUGCAAAUGCAUAUCCUCCAUUCCGGUGGAGAAACAUGCUAAAAGCCCCAUCUGGGAAUGCUCCAGGUAGAUUCCUACCUGUGGCUUUGGAGAACAGCUGCCGGUCAGAGUGAACACUAUGGGACUAGAUGGGACCAGUAGUUUGACAGUACAAAUCAGUCCCUUAGAUGCUGGGUGGGGUAUUGCAUUGUUUUAUUUGACUUUACUGUUUUCAUACAUGGGAGUGAACUCGUAAUUCACUUAUAAUGAGAAAUGUAAGACUUAUGAAGAUUUAUAGCUGCAAUUACAUUACAGCUAUACUGUAAUUACUGACAGACAUGCAUAUGCUGAUCAUCUUUCAACAUGAUAGUUCUUCUUGUCAUGGGAACAAUUAACUGCUAAUGAACAAAAGUGGUGAAGCUGGAUACAGCCCUCAGAGAUAAGACACCUCUGAAACUUGUCCUCCUUUCCCCAUAGAUUUUUAGACAAGUGACUGAUUUAACAGGAUGCCCAAGUGUCUUUAUAAGAUUGCGGCUGCAUUCACACAAUCACAGCAAUUCUGGUUAAAGUGCUAACCAGGAUCACUGAGCUUCAUGGAGGAUCCAGAAUUUCCAGGAUAAUCUAUUCUGGCUAAAUGAGGUUUAGCCAAAGCUGUUUGAUCAGAAUUGCCUGGAAAUUCUGAGUUUUCACGAUCAACUUGGUGGAGCUCAGCAAUCCUGGUUAACACUUUAACCAGGACCACUAAGAUUGUGUGAACACAGCCUAUGAGUGACAGAGCCCACCUAUAUAAUGUCCUAUCCUCUAACUGUAUGGAGCAGCAAACUGAUCUUUGAACCCUGGCUGCUGCCUGCACAGGUCACUUACAUCCAAGAGCAGAGGUGCGAGGCCCAAGCUGAUGGUAAGGCUUACCAGAAUCUCAUUUUCAAGGGUAAUUUAAAGAAUGACUACGCCAGUGAUUCUCAAUGUUGGGUCCCCAGAUGUUAUUGGACUUCAACUCCCAUAACCCCCAGCCCCAGUGGCCUUGGGUUGGGGAUUAUGGGAGUUGGUCCAAUAACAUCUAGGGACCCAUCACUGAGAAUCCCUGGUUUACGCUAUAGCAUAGGCACAGCUGCUCCUAAAUGCCCCUUGUUUGGAACUAUUUUAAUGGAUAGCCCCUCCCCCCUCCUUGCUCCCUUCUGCUGCAUUGCUGCCAGAAAGGUGGGCAAAAGCCCUGUGGUUACAAAACUCAAACUAGUCUGACUGAAAACAUGAGAUUCAGAAUAAAUAGGGGGUUAUGUUUGCCUUGUGGGUCUUGUGCUUUUGAGGGCACACAUGGCAGCUGAGCUCUCUGCACAGUUAGGGCAUACAUAUAUUUUUGAGGAAAGUUGAGAUACUCAAAACUGUAAGAAGCUUCCUGGAGGCAAGAAAAACUACAUUGCAGUCCACAGCUUAGAUUACUUCUCUUCUAGAUAUACACAUACAAUGAACUGUGUAACUUCAGCUAUUCCAAAACCUGGGUGAUGGUGAUUUGUUUUUUCUUUUUCCUCCCUUCCUUCCUUUGGCUGUACUUGCUUUUCCUUGAGAAGUUAAAGAAAUCCUAUGACUCAUUGCUCCACAGAGACUACUUGACUAGAACAAAAUAUCAUAAAACAGAGCGCUGCAAAAUAAAUUUUGUGAAUGAA